CGCCCCUCCCGGACCUGCCAUCCCAGUGAGUGGCUUCCCCGGCCGGAGACCUACGGGAGUCUCGACCGGAGGCUGCCCUCCGGCCGGGGAAGUUCCGGAACCCCGCUCUUGCGGAAGCACGACCCCCGCAAUCCCCGGGGCCUGGGCGAGGCCCCAGCUUCUCUCCGGCUUCCUCUCUACUCUUCCCAGCGCGCUCCACGCCCAGCCUCUGCCGGCCUGUCUGCCUUCUGCAGAUCCUGCCUGUCCUCAGGGGAAAGAGCGGUGGCGGAGGAGGACAUGGCUCCUGAGCAGAGGGAAGCACGCUGUCAGGUGUCAGUGACGUUUGAGGACGUGGCCGUGCUCUUUUCCCGGGAUGAGUGGAGAAAGCUGCGAACGUCUCAGAGAAGCUUGUACCAGGACGUGAUGCUGGAGAACUACAGUCACCUGGUCUCACUGGGACUCCCACUUUCCAAACCCAAAGUGAUCUCCCUGUUGCAGCAAGGAGAAGAGCCCUGGAAGGCAGAGGAGGAAGGUGCUGGAGGCGCCUCUCCCGGAUGGAAGAGCAGUCAUAAAACCACCAAGUCAACUCAAACGCAAGAUUCUUCAUUUCAGGAGCUGAUAAUGAAAAGAUCCAAAAGGAAGGGACUCUGGGACUUCAAGUCAGAAAACCCCUGCGUAUAUGAAAACAGAUUAGAGAGAAAGCAGAGGAAGAAUGAGAGUGUCCAGUUAUUUUCAGUCACCCAGAAAAACAUUCUUACUGUAGAAAGAAGACAUAAAAAGACUGAAUUUGGCCAAGACUUCGGCCCAAAGUCGGCACUUAUUAGGGAGAAAACCCCCCCAAAAUGUGAAAUACAAGGAAACAGCUUCAAAAAGAAUUUAAAUUUACUUAAUCAACCAAAAAGCAACACAGCAGAGAAACGCUAUAAAUGUAGUAUAUGUGAGAAAACCUUUAUUAAUACUUCAUCCCUUCGUAAACAUGAGAAGAACCAUAGUGGAGAGAAAUUAUUUAAAUGUAAAGAAUGUUCGAAAGCCUUUAACCAAAGUUCAGCUCUUAUUCAACAUCAAAUAACCCACACUGGAGAGAAACCCUAUGUGUGUAAAGAAUGUGGGAAAGCCUUUACCCUUAGUACAUCCCUUUACAAACAUCUGAGAACACACACUGUGGAGAAAUCCUACAGAUGUAAAGAAUGUGGUAAAUCUUUCAGUCGAAGGUCAGGCCUUUUUAUACAUCAAAAAAUCCAUGCUAGAGAGAACCCCUAUAAAUACAACCCAGGUAGGAAAUCGUCUGGUUGCAGCACAUCUCUCCCUGGAUGUCAGAGGAUUCAUUCCAGAAAGAAGUCCUAUUUAUGUAAUGAAUGUGGCAACACCUUUAAGUCCAGCUCAUCCCUCCGUUACCAUCAGAGGAUUCAUACGGGAGAGAAGCCUUUCAAAUGCAGUGAGUGUGGGAGAGCCUUCAGUCAGAGUGCAUCCCUGAUCCAACAUGAAAGAAUUCACACCGGGGAGAAGCCCUACAGAUGCAACGAAUGUGGAAAAGGCUUCACUUCUAUUUCCCGACUUAACAGACACCGAAUAAUUCACACUGGAGAGAAGUUCUAUAAUUGCAAUGAGUGUGGUAAAGCCUUAAGUUCCCACUCCACACUCAUCAUUCAUGAGCGAAUUCACACUGGGGAGAAGCCAUGUAAGUGCAAGGUGUGUGGGAAGGCCUUCAGGCAGAGCUCCGCCCUCAUCCAGCACCAGAGGAUGCACACGGGGGAGAGGCCCUACAAGUGCAGCGCCUGUGGGAAGACGUUCCGCUGCAAUUCGUCGCUCAGCAACCACCAGAGGAUCCACACCGGGGAGAAGCCCUACCGCUGCGAGGAGUGUGGGGUCUCCUUUGGCCAAAGCUCGGCUCUGAUUCAGCAUCGGAGGAUCCACACGGGAGAGAAACCCUUCAAGUGUAACACAUGCGGGAAGACUUUCAGACAGAGCUCCUCACGGAUUGCCCACCAGAGAAUCCACACGGGGGAGAAGCCCUAUGAGUGCAGCACGUGUGGGAAACUGUUCAACCACAGGUCGUCUCUCACGAAUCAUUGUAAAAUUCACAGUGAAGAGAGCGCCUAGAAGGUGCUCAGACAUCCAUGUGUGAGGGCCUUAAACCAAAGCUUACCAGAAAACGUGACAGCGAUGGAGCAAGUGUAGUGCAUACAUAAAAACCUCUCUAUAAUUCAGUCAUCAGGUACUAAAUUCCGAGGAAGAAUUUCGACUGCAUGAUAAUUCGUGAGGAAAGUGGAAAGUGCUCACGUCUGUCAGACACUGUUAGGAUGUCCUGAAGCGUGUUCACAACAGGAGCACUGACUGGGGGCAGUUGGGAGACAGAAGCAUUGUUUUAUCUCCACAGCAGUGUGCACUAGAUACCGUGUGUGGUUGUCAGUAAUAUCUGGGCCGGGGUGGGGUGUGUGCACUGGAUUUCUCAUUUAAAGAGACAAUAAACUGGUAAUGCUUGUUAAAAUAACAUCUUAAUGGCAUAUAACAGAUGUGAUCUAAAAAAGUAUACAUUUUUAGAGAGAAGGACCAAAUAAAAGAUAAAAAGAACUGUAAACUA